AUGACCGUGACUAACCGCCGGAUUCCGCGGCCGUCUGGUCACCGGGGCCAUCUGCCGACACCGCAACAUUUCGUGCACCAUGCGGUUGGAAUGGGGGCUGGUGGUGGGGCCGGGGGGACAGCUGGAGCUGCUGGUGGAGUAGCAGGAAAUUUGGCCGGUGUUUCGGAAGACGCCGGGCACCAUAACUCGAUGAUCAACGGGGACGAGGAAGGGCCGUUCGCUUUUGGGGCCCCCUUUCCCAAACACGUUCCCUUUCCGAAUGUGGAACAGAGCUCAGAAUUGCUUAAUGAGUUCUUGAUAUUUGGCUUUACAAUUAUUGCUAGCGCUACGCAGUUUCUUCAUCUUUACCGGACCGUUUGGUGGCUGCCCAAUUCCUAUACCCGACAGGCUGUGAACUUCUACCUGAUCGAUUGGGACUUGGCAAUCUUCAUCUACGUGAUGGCCAGUCGACGGCUUCUGUACUGUUGUAUACUCAAACUUAUCGACCUCAACUGUCCGGAUGCGUACAUUGAAGUUAGUAAAAAGGUUGCCAAGUACGUGUUUCUGGGCUGUGUACUGAUCUCAUUCGUAGGCUGUGGCAUACAAAUCUAUCAGAAAAAUAGCUAUCUGUACCUAUUCUGCCUCUCGUAUCCCUUCGUUUUGUAUCUAACGAUAUUUGGAUUCAAUCUGGAACAAUUCCUACGGACUAUUGUGGAUACGGAAGCAAACUGCAUCAAUGGUAUGCCUGUGCACAGUUGCUCGUCAAAUGCACUUUCGGUCCGAUCCGAAAUCGAUGCCCUCAAGACAGAUUUCAACAACCGGUUCAAGCAAAUCAUCUUCACAUCUGUCUUGAAUGCUUAUUAUUCAGGAUUUGUGCCCUGCGUUUUAGUUCCGAAGCACCUGUACUACGACAUCUUCUGGGCCACCCAACAUUUGGGUUUCAUUUUCAUCGGAGGAUUCACGAUGUGUGUGGCUUAUUGUUUUCCGGUCAAGUAUUGUGACGUUUUCCACCGAGCUGCCCUCCAUUUGGGUCAAUGGAACCGAGUAACUCACAAAACGCAUCAUCCGCCACCUUACGCGUGGUCCAAAACGACUGUUUUCCCAUACGGAGCCUACGUGAGACACAUGGGAGAAAUCUAUCGGGCUUCCGGGUUCUGCAACUCGGCCAUUCCGGCUAACAACAGUCACAUUCGGUUUUUUGUUAUUUUCAAAAAUCCAGCCCUCAUCUACAUGAUCCUAUUCGGCAUUCAGAUCGCUCUAGUGGCAGUCCAACUGCUGAUUUUGUGCCUGUCCCACGAAUGGCACAAUCUCAUCUCGAUCGGUUUCCUACUGUUGGCAAACUAUUUCACGCUUUUUAAAAUAGCGCGUGAUUAUUUGAUCGCCAAGCGAAUCUAUGCCGGGGAAAAUGCCAUCAACGAAAAGUUUAAAUCUCAAUAG